AUGCAACGUAGAAGUUUGUACAAAAUUUAUCGUGCUAUUAAAAAUGAACCACUUCGUGCAAUUUCUGAUGAUACAUCUGUAUGCGGUUCUAAUCAACAUAAUGGAAUUCAUAAAGGAUGGUUAUGGAAACUUGGUGGUCGAGUUAAAAGUUGGAAAAGACGAUGGUUUGUCCUGACAGAAGAUAGUCUCUUAUAUUAUCUUACUCCUGAUCGUUCACGUCAAACUAAAGGUGUCAUCUUAUUGGAAGGCAUGAAUAUUCGAUUAAUACAUGAUAAAACAAGAGAAUAUUGUUUUGAAUUAUAUUGUUCACGUAAUCAAUUGAUGAAAUCGUAUAAAAUUGAACGUGAAUCAACUACAAGUCAAACAGUCUACAAAAUGGCUGCACCCACUCUGAUUGAACGCGAUGAAUGGAUUCGUGCAUUAGAACGUGUAACACAUCGUUUAGCUGAACGACGUGGUACACGAAGUAUCAGUGUAGAUUGUACUGGUUCUUCAUCGACUAGUUCUAGCAUUCUUGGAUCCAACAGUCAUCAUCAUCCUCAUCAUCAUCACCACCAUCAUCACCUACCACCGCCUGUAUCCUCUUCUUCAAUAUCGCUAAGACGUAAUGGUGCUGGAAGUCAACCGGAUUUACCUAGUCAACAAUCUGUAUUAAAUUAA